AUGCCCCCCGGCGCUGGAAAUCUGCCCCCUCCCCCGGCCGGCUUCCCAGCGAACUUCCCCAUACCCCCGCCCGGUGCCAUGGGCGGCUUUCCCCCUGGUGCUUCAAAUUCGCCCAUUCCCACCGGCCCCCGAGGCUCAGAGGGGUACGCACCGCCGCCUGGUAGCGGACCCCCUCCCGGGAACUUGCGCGUCAAUGCCGAUUCGGCGAAAGAGCACUGGUCAGAGCAGGAGAGG